AAGCAGGAAAAAAAUAAUUAGAAGUCACUUUAACUGUCAAAUCACGGGAAAAAUAACAGCAAUUGUUUAAUUAAGAGAUAAUUAUGAAGAUUAAAUAUGUUGAAAUUUUUCUAAUGAUUUUUUGUAUUAAUCAAUAUUUUUUUUUUAUAAGUGAUGAGAUCCAAACGUAAUGCCAGAUUUAAUACUAAUGACAAUUCAAAAGAUAAUAUAAUUGAUAGCAACAGAAAGCCUUCACCUCCAAAAAUUUACAUGAAUUCAUCUAACACAAAUCAAUUAAUAUCAGAAAGUGUUUUUUAAAGGAAAGGACUUAGUAUUCCAAAGGAUUGCCUUGGCUCAGGAAAUACCUUUCAAUGUAAUUAAUAUUAAUGAUGUUAGUAAAGCGAUCUCUUCCAAAAAACUAAACACCAAGAAUGUUGAGCAAAAGCGGAAGGAACAAUUAUGAUCAGGAGGUAUACAAAUAGAUGAUAAUUAGUAAAGAGUCCUAAUUUAAUUAUAUAACCAAAGCAAGAACAAGGUAUGGAAAUAGAAUGUCUGUCCCCAACAUAAUAAUAUUCAGAUAUUAAACUGCCCUUUUUUAGUUCUCAAACUACAUCCAAAAAGGAACAGACAACCAGAAGAGUGAUAAAGGAUGCUUCGCUCAAUAAUAGCUAAUUUACAUAAAGAGAAUCACAAAUGAAAACAUCAGAUAAAUCGAAAAUUAAUAAAAUUAGAAAAACCAAUUAUCAUUAACAAUAGGAAAUCAAUCCCCAAUACCAGGUGUAUGAGUUCAAACAAGAACUCAAAGCUCUAAGAGUAAAAAGGACCGAAUCUUUUGAAUGGUUACAGGAAGAUUCACAAGGUUUGGAAGAAUCCUCCUUCAAUUAAUUCAAGCAGAUUAACUUAGGAACGUACUACAUGGACAAUUUAAGAAAAUAUCUCAAAGGUCUAAAUCUAGAGGGAUUGUAUGCCCAACUAUAUAUCAACCAUUUUGUUCAACAGUUUCAUAGUCUAUAACUCAGCAAACAGUUUCUUUAACCUGAAAUUAAGGAAAUAGAGCGCCGAAGCAUACAAAUACAAUAGAUUAGUAAUUCAUAUAUAGAUUACAUAGUAAAGCAAAAAACUUUAGUCCUCGAUUUGGAUGAAACACUGAUUCAUUGUAAUGAGUAGCCAUAGAUGAAAUAUGAUUUUAAGGUUCCCAUCUAAAUGCCAAAUGGGCAGAUUCAUGAAGUAUACUAAACUAUAUUAAAAAGGCAGGAAUUAGCGUGAGGCCCUUUGCUCAGUAAUUUUUACAGGAAUGCUCAAAGCAUUUCGAAGUUAUGAUUUUCACAGCUUCUCAUCCUUUAUAUGCUGACAAGAUUAUUGAUAAAUUGGAUCCAACCAAAAAGUGGGUCACUUGUAGAUUGUAUAGAGAGCAUUGCAUAUAAACCUAAUAGGGUAUAUAUGUAAAAGAUUUGAGAAUUUUGAACAGGAAUCUCAAGGACGUCGUUUUGAUUGAUAAUGCUGCUUAUUCUUUUGCUUACUAAAUUGAUAAUGGUAUUCCAAUCAUACCUUACAUUGAUAAUGCAAAGGAUAAUGUAUAAAUUAUUUUGAUAUAGGAAUUAAUUGGUGUUAUUGACUAUCUUAAAGUCUUGCUAUAAAUUGAUGAUGCAAGAGAGAUAAAUGCUAAAACAUUUAUCUUGAAGUAAAUAUAACAAUGUCAAAGUCUUGAUGAAGCCAUGAAACUUUUGUUAGUGAUAUGA